AUGGAGGCUUCGAUCUAGACUAUCUCAUCCUUUAUCGGUGACCCAACAACUACAGUAAUUGCCGUCACGACAACAGAGACGAUUAGGAUAGUCGACCCGUUCAAGGAGACGCAAACGAUCACGGAGACAGUCACAUCCUUUUUUCGAAGGGCUUGGCAAAGUGCUGGCGUUGAAGCACCACUUACUGCUGCAAGCCCAGAACCUACCACUGUACAAGGAGCUUGGAAAGGGAGUCAUGGAGAGCAAAAGCGUAAUGUCUUGAUCAUAACUGAAACAAUAACAAUCACGACGACCGUCUUUGUCCCUAAUGUUGUCACCAACACCAUCACGAAUACUGCUUUUAACACGGUUACCGAGGCUCCGAAUGCCAAUACAACAGUAACGGUCACUACGACCGUCUUCUCACCAUCGCCCACGGUUUCGAUACCCAUAGACACAUUCUCGGCUACCAUCCCCACUAAUACCCCCUCGCCAGCGCCUACGGUAUCUAUCCCGCCAUCCACAAUGGAAGAACUGGAUCUGACUACAACGCACACAUCGGAGACUCAAGCUGUGAUUUCAUCGACAGAGCUGGAGAACACACCAAUAUCAACCAAUGUCCUGCCAAACACCAUGACCCAACCAACUUCCACAACUUCCUCGUUCUCAACAACAACCUCCACAACCCCCUCUUCAACCCCCUCGGAAACACCCACGCCUCUUCCCGAGCUCCCGAUAACAACUAUCACCAACCGGCCCCUCACCCGCAAACAGAUCGCCAGCAUCCUGGCCGGUUCAAUUGUCUCCACCGUCAUUCUUACUGCACUAGCAAUCUUUUUGUUUGUUCGAUACCGGAGGAAACGUGAACGUGAGCAGGAAAAGGAAGCAGGGGAGAAGCAGCCGGAUGAUAGUGCCGGAGGUGUGGUUGGAGGGAGGCAUCCUUCCCCUCCUCCGUCGUCACUGCUCGACUUGACAUCAUCAGAAUUCCCCCCUCGGGGCAAAAGUCGUCUCAAAUCCCUCUUCUCAUCAGCAAAAACUAUGGUCUUGAACUUCUUCUCCCUCGGUCUCCAAGACGGCAAAGGCAAAGGUAAAGCCCGUCCUUCCUCAUCAGGCUCAUCGAUCUACACCCCCUCCAACUACUCCUCUUCUUCUCCGCCAACCCCCAAAGCCGAACUCAAACGCAACUCCCGCAACCAAGUCCGCGUCGUGAUCCGCCCGGCCCGCGUAAAAUACAAACCUGUUCCUGUUGUAGUCUCUCGGACCUCGUCAUCCUCUUCUACAAUCCCAAGUCUGGUUUCUCCGAUGGGGUUCAACAUCGGCUCACCGUUUGCAGCAUCCUCCCCAUCGGAUGAUGGGCCAAUGCCAGGACCGUCGGGGACUAAUACAAACUCAAGGGGAAUACAAAACGGGUUGAGGAAGGUCACGCCCAGUUCGGAGGAGAAAGAAGAAUGGAGUGUCAUCAGCGAGAGGGGAAGCUUGAGGGAGGGGGAUGAGGAAUGGGAGAGGUUGAAGAAAGGUGAGGGGAUUGGGAUUGCUAGAGGGAAUGGGAGUGGGGUUGGAUUAGGAGGGGGGAGUGCGAAGGCUUGGUGGAAGGUUUCGUAG